UAUAUUUGAAAUUCAAUACAAUAUUCAAUCUAAACAUUCCAAAGACCAAGACGCAAGCCACAAACAAGAAAAUCACGAUAAUAGAAAGCUAAAUUAUCUCUCUCUCUUUUUUUUGUCUGGAGAUAAAUGUAAAAUGUCUACAAGUCUGUGUGAUAAGACAUCUAGAACAAAACCUCAGCGUAUGUGGGACGCAUUAGGACCAUUUCCCAGGUCCGCGUGGAUACAUCCCUGUACACCAGAAGACAGUCUGGACAGAGCCUGUGCUAGAGUAUUCAAGCGCUCUGUUUUGGCCAGUAAGGGAAUUUGGCCGCAUCUACCUGAAAAUGCGCAUGUGUUUGCGGAAGACGGUGAUACCCAGAGCUACAGAGGACAUUGUGGCAGACUAUCCACUCAGAGUGCAGGGCAUCAAAAGUUGGACAAGGUCAUGAUAAUGACUCAGCAUAACAUGACCCAGACACUUCUGCAGGGGCAUGUUGAUGCCACGAGUCCAUGUUUUCCUGAUGAUAGAUGCAGACGUGGUCAUGAACCUGACAAGACCAUAGAGAUCAUAAGCCAGGAGGAGGCUGACAGAGAUAAAAAUGAGGAGUUUCUUGAAGAAAUUAUACCUAAACAGGCCACAGGGAAAGCAGACAUCCCUGAGGGCUUCUCAGAUGAAGACUUUCCUCCUCUUCCACCUCUUUCCACACUGCGGGUGGACAGACCACCACAGCAAGUCCCCUUCAGUAAAAGUGACUUCUAUAAAGCAACUGUCUUAAAAGGAAAACCAAACAUCCAAUUGGAUGGUAGCAAACCACACAGGGCACAAAAACUAAAUAAAAAAGAACAUUCAAAAGUCACAGCUAAAACAUCCCAAAAGAUAGAAGCAACAACAGCCCAGGGCUUCAUUGACCGACCUAGCUCCCCACAAACAGAAAGUGAAUGCAGAGAGGGAGUUAUGAUGGAAGACCAAAGUUCAGUGCCAAGAUGUUCCCAUCUACCUUUGUUUGCAGACUUCCAAAUGGCAGAUGAGAAGAUAAUACCUAAAGAUCACACACUUAAAGAAAGUGAAUGCAGAGAGGGAGUUAUGAUGGAAGACCAAAGUUCAGUGCCAAGAUGUUCCCAUCUACCUUUGUUUGCAGACUUCCAAAUGGCAGAUGAGAAGAUAAUACCUAAAGAUCACACACUUAAAGGUGGAGACGUGGAGUUGGGAAGGAGUGCAGAUGGUGCCCACAUGGCACAGACCCGGGCUGGCAGCGUUACUGGGAGCGUGCAGAAUGCAGCUGGCCCUCUUGACAAGGCCAAAUGCCAUAUAUACCACAAGGAUGCUACUGUUGCAAAGACAAAGGCCACAGGUCCAGGCUCUGUGCCAGGAGAAAUGGACAGGAUCCAGACUUGGAACAGCAGUGGAAGGUGUCCCCUACAAAAUGCCCAGUUAUUUACAGGAACGGGUCAUGACACGUGGUCACUGCCGGCCAACUGUUUCCUGUGGUUCCCUGCACCUGAGGUGGACCCCUUGAAUAUGGUUGUCAACCCUCUAUUCUCCUCCAAUGUUCUGCCUCCCCCAAUAUUUGGCCUGAAUCCAUACUAUAUUGUGGGAGACUUCUCCCUGUGGCUUUAUCAACAUGGCAACUAUGUCAAUUUUCCAGACAAUGUAAAUCCGUCAGCAGCGGGCAGACAGCGCUUCACGUGCCUGGGGAACGUUCCUCCAGGGUUCACACCGGCAGAUGCCUUCACAUUGUUCUGACAACCUGUUUUGCUCGACUCUUUUUGUUGUUUAGGCUCUUUUUACUGUUUCUGUUAAUCAUAAGUUGUCAUUUACUCCAUAUUGUACAUGGACAGUUUUAAUAAAGCAGUUACCUCAGAUAAAAUGUGUUGUGUGAGCAUGUAGGCUUUUCUAUCUGAAGGCUGUAAUUUGAGGGUCUGCCACAUAUACAAUACAAUAAAGCCAUUACAUCAAGGUUAUUCACUGGGAGGAAACAAGAUGGAAAUAAAUCAUAAACAGACACUGAAAAAAAAAGCAUGUCAAUAGCAGACCAAAUACAGAUGUUAUUAAAAAGCCUAAGUUAUAUAAUAUGAAUGUAAAUCGUUGUAUCUCCACUUUGGAAUAUAAUGCAUAUUUCAUCAUGCAGAUAAAAUAU